AUGCCUCCAACACCUAUCCUCCUCCUCAAAACAAAAUCCUCCCCCCAAGAUGGCUACGAAGACUUCUUCUCCGCAAAGAACUAUAACCCCACCUUCAUCCCCGUCCUAGAACAUCGCUUCCUAAAGAACAACCUCACCCAAGUCCGCGACCUAUUCCACAAAAAUGCAUUCAACAAUACCCAAACCCCCAGAAAAUACGGCGGCCUAAUCUUCACCAGCCAGCGCGCAGUUGAGGGCUUCGCGCAAAUGAUCGAAGACGAAAAAGACGUAACCUUCGAUAUCCAAUCAACCCCACCUCUACUCCUCUACACCGUCGGCCCAGCCACAGCCCGCACCCUCACAACCCUCCGCGACAAACACCUCCCCUCGGCAACAAUCCACGGCGCAGACACAGGAACAGGUGAAAACCUCGCCCAUCUCAUCCUCCAACACUAUGAUUCCCUCUACCCAGCAAACAAACCCUCGCUGCUGUUUCUUGUUGGUGAAGUGCGGAGGGAUAUCAUUCCGAAAACACUAAUGGAUGAACGAUUGCCGGUUGAGAAGAGGGUUGGUGUUGAGGAGCUUGUUGUGUAUGAGACUGGGGUUAUGGGGUCUUUUGAGGGUGAUUUUGAGAAUGUGGUGCGUGGGUUGGAGGGCGAUGUUUGGGUUGUUGUUUUUUCGCCGACGGGGUGUGAGGCUAUGUUAAGGGUUCUGGGGUUGGGGCCUUUUGCUGGAACUGGAACUGGAGCUGGAACUGGGAAGAGGGUGUUUGUUGCUACCAUUGGGCCUACAACAAGGGAUCAUCUGCGGGAGAAGUUCGGGUUUGAGGCGCAUGUUUGUGCGCCGAGGCCUAGUCCUGAAGGUGUGCUUGAGGGUAUUGAGGCGUUUAUGCGUGGGGGUUGA